GAUUUUAUCAUUAUUUUAAGUAGACUAAUAAAGUAUAUGAAUUUGUAUUAGUUACCUAAUAAAUAAGGAUUGCUUUAAAUGUUAGUUUACAAAAGUUGUCGCAGUUAUUUAAUGAUAUGUGUGCAGUGAAGUGUUGAGUAGUUUUUUGCGGGGACCAGGCGCCAGAAUGUCUGACGAGCCUGAAGCGAGAAUGUGGGAGGAUGGAGGGUCCAGGUACGAGACGAGGGCCCGAGGGGUCUACUUCGAGUCCGCUUUUGCAUCUUCAGAACAUUUAGACAGAGCUCCCCUAUUAUCUGAGGAGUCUUAUACAGAAGUACCGGUGAACGUUGCUGGGGACUCGGAACUGGUGGAGCAUUGUCAUUGGAAGGCCAAAGCAGAACCUCCUAGCGCCAUACCACAACUGCUGGCAGCUCUGGUGCUAUGUGGAUUGUUUAUGAUAUGCCAACUGGUGGGCGGGUAUCUGGCUGGGAGUCUAUCCGUAAUGUCCGACGCAGCGCACAUGCUAAGCGACUGCGGAGGCUUUGCGCUGGCACUUCUGGCCUUCCAUUGCGCUAAACGCAACCCUGACUUGAAGAUGUCCUAUGGAUACAAACGAGCCGAGGUCCUCGGGGCCAUGGUAUCAGUGCUCCUUAUCUGGAUCCUAACAGGAGUUUUCGUCUACAUGGCAAUAGUGCGAUUACAUAAGGGGGAAUACAACAUUGAGCCGGACAUAAUGAUGCUCGUCUCCGGGUGUGGUGUGGCCUUUAACGUUAUUCUCGCUCUCGUUUUGCACGGAUGUGCUUCAGAUAUAGCGCACCACCACAGCCACGGCGGUGCAGCCUGCAGCCACACACACGUGCACACGCACGCGCACGCGCCGCAAUCUUCGCCUCGCCGGUUCCGUUUCUGGAAGCGAGCGAACCACAAGCACGCCAACGGCACGCUCAACGGAGAUUACAGCAUGAAAGAGCUUCCCAGCACUGACACUGUUAUUACGGGCAAUCGCAAUAGGAAUAUCAACCUACGCGCGGCGCUAAUUCACGUCAUAGGUGAUCUCAUACAGAGCUGUGGGGUACUGCUGGCAUCUGUACUCAUUAAGUUCUAUCCGGCUGCUCAAGUAGUGGACCCGAUCUGUACAUUCAUCUUCAGCAUACUGGUGCUGGCAACGUCCGCGCGCGUCGUACGAGACGCCUUGGCCAUGCUCAUGCAAGGUGUGCCUCCCAACUUCAGAUACCGUGAGCUAGUAGGAUCGUUAUCGUCAAUAAACGGUGUUCGACAUGUCCACUCGGUCCACGCGUGGGCGUUGUCCACGCACCACAUUAUAAUUACAGCACACGUAGCUAUAGAUGAGCUAACAGACCCAGAAAUAGUGCUCCGCGAGUGCCAGAAGCUAGCGCGCGACGAGUUCGAAGUACAGUCAGCCACAUUCCAAGUGGAGCGGUACACCGUUGCGAGUCAGUCUUGUGAUACCUGCCACCAGCAGCCUGCAGCACGCUCCUGACAUCUCACCACUUUGUCGCACUAAACAGCGUGCGGUACUAGCCGAAACAAGUCGAAACCAAAGGCCGGUAUAGAAGAACGCAAAGACGCGCAGGAGUUGCCGUGAGUUAUAAAACUAGAUGGGCUCAUAGGAUAGAAAUGAAGGAACAAUUUGCGGUCCAUAAUUUCACUUAAAACAUUUUAUGGCAGUAAUAUGUUAGCAGGCAGCGAAAUUCAAUGAAAUAAGAAAGCUAUGAAUAUGUAUUAAUAUUAUAUAAUUUGGAUAAAUAAUGAAUUAAUAUGCUAAGUGUAUAAUAUCAUUUCGACAAAUAUUCAAAUGAAAGUUUUAAUUGUAAUAUCGCUACCUGUACAUAUAUUUUUGCACCUGACUGUACACUUGUUUUGACGAACGUCUUUAUAUGACGGAAAGUUACGUUAAUUUACUGUAGUUAAUUGGCGUUGACCGUUGAAAAUUCAUGACUGACCGAUCACGUCUCUUCAAUCACCGCUAAACGCUGUUCCAAAUAUAAAACCGACCAAUGAUACACAGUGAUAAUAGCCAUGUGAUUGGUCAGUUUGAAUUCUCUAUUGCAUUCUUAAGGCGUUACCUCGACAACAAAAUCGUAUUAAUAGUAAUAUAGCUUUGUACGUCGAAAAUAAAUCGGAAUAAGAGAGACCGAGAUGGCAUAUAGCUGUUUUUAAUAUGAAUAAGUGAAACGGCAAUAUUUCGCGCAAAAUUGCAAUAUGUUUGA